AUGUUAACAUCGGAUUUUGACGAGGAUGACCAAACAAAAUCUUAUAGAUCACAUGCAUCGGAUCUUUCAGUAUUAAAUGAUGAUGAAUGUAAACGAAUAUUAGCCGUCGUACAACGUGAUUUUAAAUUACGUCAAAAAGAAAAUCAACGAUUACUAAUAUUAAUUAAUCCAAAAGAGGUUUGCUCAGAAUGUAAUUUGUUCGUAUGUCACGAUUGUUCAACUUAUGAUAAAACGAAAAAAGUAUGGAUAUGUAAUUCAUGUGAAAAAGUCAAAGAACUCGACACUCAAUCAUUAGAAUGGUUCUACAAUCAAACACAUCAGAAAUAUAAGCGUUGUGGUAGUGCAAAAGUUGUUCGAGAACUACACAAACGUGAAAAAGAAUUAUGUGAUUUAAUUGAAAAACCAGAAAUUCUACCUGAUGAUGAUAAUAUACCACGAACAUUUUUAACCGUUUUGCAAGAAUUACAUCAGGAUGGACGAUUAGCUUCAUGGAAAGUUCGAGGACAGGGAGAUAUCUUGAGUGUUAAACUUACAUGGGCUAGUACUACUGAUCAUAAAGAUGUAUCAUCAACAUCAUCCAUUACAAAUGCUUAUCGAAUUAAAGCUACAGCUCAACAACGUGCUGAUAUCGAAGAUAAUGGUUAUGGUACUUUGUCUAAUAAUCCAAGUAUUUCCACAGAGAAUUUUAAUUUUGACCUUUCGUCAGCUAACCCAACGUUAGCUUAUUUGUCACAAGAUAAAAACGCUAGGAAAGAAUUAAAAGAGUUCUCUGAACGAAUUCGUAUUUUAAUUGAUCGAUUACAAAAUGAUUUAGGUGAACGAAACGUUGAUACACCAUCACAUCCACACAAAAAAAAAAGUAAAGAAGCUCUCAAAGAACAUCAACAGCAAAUAGCAGCCGAAAUUGGUCGAGCAAGAGUACUUCUAAGUGGAACACUUCGUCUUAAUACUAGUAGUCAUCAAAAUAUGUUUGUUCGUAUUGCAUUUAUUGUUGUUAUUUAUAUUAUUUUAUUACAAUUACUCUACUCAUUGCAAUCCAUUUUUAUAUCAGUCCCAUUUAUAGCUGUUUAUACAACAGUCUACGUGUUAUUUAUUAAAAGACGAAAAUUAUUAUCGGAUAGAAUGAGAUUUUUGAGUGAUAAUAGUCAGCAAAAUGAGACAACAAUGUUCUUAUUUAAUACACAAAUAAAUAAUAAUAAUCAUUUAAUUACAGGAGCAAAUAUCAAAAAUGAUACGUAUGAACAAGAUUUACAAGAUUUAAUUAUUAAACAAACUGAACAAGUAUUACAAACAGAUUUAUCACAAUUUCAAAAAAAUCUAACAACAUCGAAAUCAUCUGCCUCCCAUUUUGAUCAAAAACUUGCUCAAGCCGUUUUCGAUAAGUGUGUUAGUAAAGAAAUUUUUCAAGAACUUCCAUCUGUACUUGACUCAAGUGUUCCACCUAAACCUCAACGUCAAGCAGGUCAACCGCCACAGCCAACAUGGAGUGAAAGAUCACCGCGUGAAUCUGAUUGGGAGAUAAAAUCUCGAAAAGAUUCUAUACGAAAAGUUAGUGUUGCUGGUUCUACUUCUAGCGAGAAUAAAAAUGGAUCAAGAUACAAUACCCAGAACGCUCCUGAAAUAAGAUUUGAUUCUGGUUUAGAACUUGAUUUAGCAGCAAUUAACCGAACAUCGGUUGAUUCUGAUUUGGAAGCUAUUGCUGAUAAUGAAUCUGUUUCAAAUACCGGCGAUUGGGAAAAAAAUUGGCAAUUAACAGAUAAAAAUCAUAGUGGAGAAGAAACCCCACGGUCUCGAACCGGAAGUGACAUAGUUUUAUUGACCAUUCCUGAAGCUAGAGAAGAAGUUUCACCAAGAGUAGGAGACAGAGCACUAGAAGAUCUUGCCGAUGAUGAUUUGUAUGCUGAUGAUCAAUCAAAUAUCCCAACUAUGUCACCCACUCAGACACAAGAUAUAUCGACUACUGAUGAUUCUCGUAAAACGUUUCCAUUACCAGCUAAUCUCAUUCUAUCAUCAAAACGUUCUUCGUCAAAUUCUUAUCGUCAACCAUCUUAUGCCUAUGAAUCGGAUGAUACUGAAAGUGUUAUGUCAGAAGUAUUAUCAUCACCAACAUUAGCUGAUAUGAAAUCAUAUAUUGAUGAAGAAAAGUUUAGAUCUGAUCCUCAAAUCCAAGAUCCAAAAUUUAUUCAAAGACCCAAAGAUUUAAUUGUUAGAUGCGGUGAAGCAGCUCGAUUCAAAUGUAAAAUAAUAGGAACAGAACCUAUAGAUGUAUUUUGGUUUCGUUUUGGUGUGGAUGAUGAUUUAUUGAACGAUGAAAAAUAUCAGAUAACGCAUGAUGAAAAUUAUCAUUAUUUAAAAAUUUAUAAUACAACGAAAGAAGAUGAAGGAAAUUAUCUAUGUGUACUAGCUAACGAUAAAGCUCAAAAUGUUGAUAUUAUAAAAUUAUCUGUUAGAGAUAAUAAACGUGCAUUUCGUUCACCAAAAAUGAUUCAAGAUUUUAAAGACAUUGAUGUCAAUGAGGGUGGUGCAUUUACUCUUAAAUGUAAAAUUGAUCAGGGUUAUCCAAAAGCUCGAGUUUUAUGGUAUAAAGAAAAUACACUCAUUCGUCCAGAUGGUCACUAUAAAUUAUGUAUGAUAAAUAAUUAUUACGGUGAUGGUGUUCAUACGUUACACGUUGAUGAAUCAACGGCUGAUGAAGAUAAUACAACGUUUACAUGUCUUGUUUCCAAUGCAGCCGGAAAAGUACAUAUAACUGCCGAUGUAUUUGUUCAUGAGCCAGAAGUCAUUGAUCCACCACGAGAGGCACUAGUCAAGCCUCUACCACUUACAGCAACAAAACAAAAUGAAACUGAAAGUAUGUCUAAUAAUGACGACAAACGACAGACAAAUUGGUCCGUUUCUAUGUUAACAACAUCACCCAAAAUAAAAUCGUCCUCACCAUCGUCUCAAUUCAAUCAUUCAUUACAACUAUCGCCCGAACAUUCCUCUCGUUCAUCAACGCCACCACUCGACGAAUCAAAACGCUAUAAGUCAGCAUUUAAUCUCGAUCGAUCGACAAAACUAUUGGAGAACUGGAAAAAUCUUUAUGAAGCAAGUGUUAAUUCAUUACAAUCCGAUGAUCCAUUACCAGUUCAUUCUAAACCAAAACUACUUGAUGUUUUAGACGAUGAACACUCGAGAUAUGAGUAUCCCCGAUCACCAACACUUAAUCCUAUCAGUAAUCCUCAUCAGAAAUCAAAAUGGGAGGUACGGUUGCCAGAGCUUCUCAAUGUUACCGUUGGACCAGAUAGACCGAAACGAAAUCCAUUGAGACGUCACACCACAGAAAUUGUAUAUAAACAACCCCAAGACGAAUAUAUUCGAAAACAAGUCAUAUCAGAUGAACAAAAAAUUCAACAACAAAAUCAAAGUCAAUCUUUAUCUCAGUCAUUCCCACCCGAUAAUGAUCAACCAUCAAGUCCAUUAGUGAAACAACUGAAACAAAAAUUUGAUAAAAUGGGACCAUCCAAAGUUCUUCGAAUAGCUAGUCUAACAUGUCGCGGUCUAGCAGCAAAUGAGAGGCCAUACAAGCGUCCUCAGCUACCUGUUCGUCCUACUCCCGAUGUCACACCUCCAUUAACUUCACGUCAAUCACCAUUAGAAAAAGGUAAUAAAAAAACCUCACCACCCAACAGUUAUCACAAUCGCUAUCCACCACAAUCAACAAAGUCGGUUGUCAAACAAUUACUAAAACAGGAUGGAUAUGGUGCUGCUACUGUUGUUUAUGAUAGUACUAACCCUAAAACUAACGUUCUUAAUGCUAAUACUGACCAUCGCUCAACACCAAUGACUUCUAAUUUAAGCAUUACUAAUAAAAUGACAUCGUCAACAAAUACACGUCAGAAUAAUGAAAUAUCAGGUGGUAGCCAAUUGCUACAACAAACACUCAAACUAAAACCAAAAGAAGAUAGUAGCAGCGAAACAGAAACAAUAACUAAUUCCGAUGACCAAACACUUCUAGCACAUUAUACUCAGGAUAGUAAACCAUCAUCAACGACAAUCAAAUCGAAAUCGACUAUAACGAAUAACAGUAAUGAAAGACAGACGAAUAACAAUUUAACUGAUUCUUUAACGAGUUCGAGUUCAAUGUCAGAUAUAAGACAAAAUUUAAUAAAUCCACCAACAAAACCAAAACGUUUAUACGCUUCUUCAAACGAAUUAACGACAGCAAACGAUAAAUUAACGAAAAUAUCAUCGAAUAGUACUACAAGCACAGAUAAUGAAACGAUAAGAUCAUCGAGUAUAAAAGAUAUUCGUAGUUCGGUACUAGCUCGUGCAAAAUUGUGGGAUAGACGAAUUAGUGUUGAAAAUGGUGAAGAACAAGAUGUGAUAACAAACGAUUGGAGUAAAGAAUUUGAAAAAACGCAAGAAGAUGAUACACAAUUUCGUAUUUAA